AUGGAUCCUCUAUCGGUCACUGUCAGUAAAAUAGCCAUCACAGGUGCAAUCUGGACUUCUGGAAAAGGUAUUGCGUCAUUACGCAAGAGAAAUAAGUUGCACGAUGUUCUUCUGCAGAUCUCUUCGGUAGUUGAUGGUCUUAGACUUGCGCCUGCAGGUGAGGGGGAAACCUAUCGAUGCCGGACGACAGAGUGGAUACAGGAGCAGGUGAAAAAAGCAGAUGAGACUAUGAUAGAGCUCGACAGACUUGGUCAAAAAUGCUCCAAAGUGUCGAACUUGGGUCAAAUCGAGUGGCCGAGGCGGAGGUGGCUGCAAAAUCGGACGAAAGCAACGACCCUACUAUCAGAUGUCCAAUCGAUACGGGGAAAGCUGCUGAGCAGCUUGGCCAUUAUCAAUUUGUCCUCCACUAUCCGCCUAGAGAACUCCACCAGCGAAGUUGUGUUCAAUCAACAACAGGCUAGACAAAUAUUGUCCACUUUGAUGGGCCAAAUGACAGUACAAGGUUCACCGAUUCAAAAAGCACUAUCAGACAUUCAAGAUGUGACAGAGGAUCAUGGGGGAAACCGGUCGGAGAGUGGAUGUUCGGCCAAGCAAGCCGGCACACAGCCUGCCAACAUCCGAUGGAAAGCAAGCGGUGUUGAAGUCGGAAAACCUGAGACCUUACCCCCAACGACAACCGGGUUCCCUUGGGAUUCCCGGUUUGCAAAAGAUGGCCAGGUGGCUCACACAGGGAAGCAGUGCUCACUAUGGUGCAGCUGUGCCUGCCAUUCUCGGAAAACCUUUUUUGUGCCGUCGCCGUUUGGUACUGUCUCGGGUUCCCCGUCGGGCCUACCUCUGCUGACACGUCGUUGUGCUGAGCAUGCUUGCAAAUGCCCGACUGGUCCCUCUGGCAGUAUUGUCUAUCGAUUCCCUAGCUGGUUUUGGGGCCGUCUAUUUGAUAUAACGAUGAAAUUUAGCCCCCUCCAUGGCCCUGAAAUCAACAUCCGAUUCCCACGAGGGGUCAUGCCAUAG